UGAAAGAUCAUUAUUUUAUCUUGUUAAUAUUUGUAACAAAACAAGAAUUUUACAAAAAAUUAAAGAAUUUAUUUAAUUCUUACUUAUAAUAAAAUGAAACCUACUCUUGUAGCAGAUGAAAUGUUUCCAGAAGGAGCUGGAUCUUAUAUCGAAUUAGAAGAGGUUGGAGGUAGUCGCUUAUUAGUUGAUCUAACUGCAAGUGAGAAAGCAGUGCAUGCGGAUUUUUUCAAUGAUUUUGAUGACUUAUAUGACGAUGAUGAUCUCGAAUAAAUUAUGAUUUUUGUAAUAAAAAUAGUUAUGUUAA